AUGAAAAAGGCUCUGGCCCUGGUCGAAGACAGCCAGACAAUCUUCAGUGGAAAGAAGAAGUGUGUGUAUUUCCAACUGGAGUCUAAACAGAAGAGUGUUCAAACAGAGAGAGAGAAGUUAAUUUACCAACUUUGUUCCAAAGGGGUCGACUGGGGGCGCCGCUGCUUCUGCCUUCAAGCCAAGGACGGCAGCCUGCGUGGGAUCCCGGCUGCAAUCUCUCUCCAUCUUUACAGUGACAUCCACCUGCCGGUCAUGACCCACAAAAGGAUCCUUCGGUUCCUACUCCUGUGUAUCAUUUCAGGUCUGAGUUCUGCCGUGAGGAUCACUGAGGAUGGAUCGAAGAUCAUCUACCUGCCCAAGGGAGAGUCCGUCAAACUGGGCUGCCCCUUUUCAACGGACCCCGAAGACAACACCCCCGACAGCGCUUGGAAUAUCCAGUGGAGGCAGGUGAAACCCGGACAGUAUCCUCAGACAAACCCACUCCUGAGUUACCAUGACCACCAGAUCAUCCGCCCCGGACCUCCUGAUCUCCAGCAAAGGGUUGGGUUCACCUCUGCCGACCCCAGCCUAUACGAUGCUUCCAUGCAGUUGCGCGAUGUGAGGAUCACCGACUCAGCCACGUACGAAUGCACAGUGAAGAAAACCACAGAGGCCACCCACAAAGUGACCAUUGCUGUACAAGAAAGGCCAGCAAUUCCUCAGUGUUGGAUAAUUGGUGAUAUGGAUUAUGGGAAUGACAUCACUUUGCGGUGCAUGGCGUCUGCAGGCUCCCCACCCCUCACGUACCGUUGGUCCAUGACGCACGGGCCAGGCUUCAGAGAUUGGAUACCUGGAAAUAUGGGAUCUGUGCCUGGUGACCUUCAUAUCUACGACUUGGGUGACGAACAUGUGGGUACCUACCAGUGCAGCGUGGGUAACAACGUGGGCGUGGCCUAUUGCUCCGUGGACAUUGUCAUGGGCGGAGGACUCGGCAGCCCCUGGAUGAUCGGGGGUUCAGUCCUCUGCAGCCUCCUCGGCAUGGCCCUCAUCAUCGGUGGCAUCAUCUGGUGCACCUGGUGCUGCUGGGGGAAAGGAUGCUGUGGUUCGGGCGUUGGCUGCUACUGUGGGGACAACUACUGCUGUGACUGCUGCUGCAGCACCGUGAACGGUGGCCAGGAGGACCCACCAGAGUUCCAGGAGACCAAAGGCAACGACAUCUGGGAGGGGGUUCCGCUGGCAGAUUUCUCUUCCAGCAUCGAGAAAAUCUGGUGGACCCAGAGCUUUGAACAGAGAUGCAAUCUGUACAGUUAUCCCUUACCCAUCGCAGGGGUUGGGGGUGCGACACCCGACGCCAUUUAG